AGUCGCGGCUGGCGAGCGCGAGGAGCGGGCGUGUGCGCUCUCGCCGUCUGUGGAGUGAGAAGCGAAAGUGAUCGGAGUGGACAGAGUGUGAACAGUGCCGGUCGGAUCGAGACAGAGUGGUGGACGGUGGGGAGUGGGGAGGAUUUCAGAAGAGUAGAUAAGCGGUGAGAAAGAGGUGCACCAUGGAUCGGUCGGACGGGCCGUCCUCACCGCUGGGCGCUGACGGCGCGCUGCUGACGCCGCCUCUCAGCUCAGACACCAGCCUGCAGGAGCUGAUUGAGGCUGAGCUGCGCACCCGGCGCGCCACAGAGCCGGAGCACACCGAGCACACCGAGCACACGGAGCACAUGGAGUUCUCUGAGCACACCGAGCCGGCUGUGGUACCCGGACUGAAGGCCCGUCUCGCCGCCGACCAGCCGGAGAGUUUGCUGCUGCUGGAGACGAACGGAGGGGAGGUGUCGGAUGAGGAGGGGGACCACGAGGUGACCCGGGUCACUGAGGUCAGCCGACAGACGGCCGGAGAGGCGGCCGAGAGCCGACUGACGACACAGGUCACCAAGGUCACCGGAGAGGCGUCCGAGGUCACCACUGAGGUCACGGAGAAGCUGACUCAGCAGGUGUCGGAGCAGAGCUCAGAGCACCUGGUGGAGGAGUUCACUCAGCAAACCACACAGCAACUGUCUGAGAAUGCGUCGGAAUACGCGAGCGAACAAGUCACCAGACAUGUCACCGAACAAGUCAGCGAACAGGUCUCCGAGCAGGUCUCCGAGCAGGUCACCGAGCAGGUCACCGAGCAGGUCACGCAACAGGUCACCGAACAGGCCUCGCAACAGGUUACUGAGCAGGUCACCAGUCAGACGACCAGCCAGGUGACUGAACAGCUCACAGAGCACAUGUCCGAGGCUCGGGAGGUGUCUCGCAGCUCGUCCGAGACAUCUGAGAAGGUAAGGGAGGUGUCGCGCCGUUCGUCUGAGGUCUCAGGGGAGCUCAGGGAGGUGUCUCGCAGCUCGUCUGAGGUCUCAGGGGAGCUCAGGGAGGUGUCGCGCCGUUCGUCUGCCACCUCGGAGGAGCACAAAGAGAUCAGAGAGGCAUCGCGCCGUUCGUCUGAGACGUCUGGAGAGCUCCGGGAGGUCAAAGAAGUGUCUCUCCGCUCGUCUGAUAUCUCUGAGGAGCUUCCUGUCGAGCCUGCCGCCGCCGCCGCCGCCCCGUCUGUCGACACUGCCGACACGGCCUCAGUGCACAGCAGCGGCAGCAGCCGGCGCUCCUCGGCCGUCUCCGACCGGGCCGGGUCGCCGCUGCCGAGCGGUCGGGACGAGCCGGGUCUGACCGGCGCCGGGGAGGAGAUGAGCUCACCUCCGCCGGUGGAGGAGGAGGCGGUGGUGGAGGAUCAGGUGGAGGGGGAGGAGAAGAGGGAGGUACUGGCUGAGGUGGAGGGGCUGGAGGAUAAGCCGGAGGCCGUGGAGACGGUGGAGACUGAGGAACAGCCAGCUCCCAGCGCUGGGGAUAGCGAGCCCCUCCGCAGCCGCACCCUGUCCGAGCAAGGUGAUCGCCUCAGUGACCGAGCCAGCAGCCCGCCGGCUCCGGAGAGCACAGAGCUACCGGCGACGGACGACCCCGUCACUGUGACAGCUGAUAAUGACGUCACCGCACCGGCGACCACAGAUGACGUCAUCGAGGGCGUCACCGAGGCGUCCAAGGUGACCGAUGAGGACAGCGACGAAGGGGUGGGAGGAGGCUCGGAGCGGCGCGCCGGUGCCAAGGACGCCGCCAAGAAACUCCGCCGAAAGAAGAAAUCGGACGGCGCCGACACCGAGACCGGCCUCAGGAGGCCGGCGCUGGACUCGGAGGGCGACUCGGACAUCAGUUCGGAGGGCAGCAGCGGCGCCAGCUCGCUGCCGCCCAGCCAGAUCAGCGGCGGCGCCGGACAGGGACGACACCGCAGCUCCGACAGCUCCGACGGCGACCACGACCACGAGCACGAGCACCACGACAGCGAGCAGCUGGCCGGCGUCAACCUGCGACAGCUGCGCUCGAGCUAUCUGACGAACGUGAGUGCGCCGAGGCCGAGUCCGCGGACGGUGCUGGGCCCCGCCACCGGCGUGUCCAUCAAAAACCUGAAGAACUCGUAUAACGCGCCGCCAACGCCAGCAAAACGCGGAUCGAAGGACAGCGGCGAUGGCCGUCCGAGAGAUCUGUCCAAGAUCAACGUCAACAUGGCUUCAUUGAAGUCGGUGUAUUCCUCCCCGGACAGCCACCCAGCCGCGGCCGUGCAGAAGCCGGCGGCGGCCGACCUGCCGUCGGGCCUGAGCCUGCCGUCCAUCCGGGCGGCCUAUGUACAGCAGACGACGGCGGGAGCUGGACCGGCGGCCGCCGAGACCAAGCACGCGCCCCCCGUCCGCACCGGAGUCAGCAUCGACAAACUGCGCUCGAGCUGGACCGACCUGGGGCGGACGACAGAGACGCCUGGCGGCGAUCUUUGGAACCAGCCCGACUCGCUCCGAAUGGCGUGCAUGGGUGUCUCGGUCAGAGCCCUCAGGGCCAGCUACGGUGACCUGAGCCGUCUGUCGGACGGGUCGGGUCACGACCCCGAGCCGCGGCCGGUGGCCCCUCGGCCGGCCCCGCGAUCCCACAGUAUCCGAGACCUGAGUACCAGUACCACGGACCUAGCCGGCCUCCAGGCCUCGCCCGUACCGCCCUCUUGGCUUCAGACGCCCGCCGAGGCGCGGCGCCACCGGCGCGCAGAGCAGGACCAUGACACGUCCCCGCCGAGCGCCCUGACCAAGAGCCGCUUCAAGUCGGAGGGUGACCUGCUGACGGCCUCGGCGGCCGGCCGGAGGUCGGCGGCCGCGCCCCCCGCCGACCGAACACUGAGAGACUCGGAGGUGUUCUCGAGAGUCUCCGUCAAGGCGCUGAGGGCCAGUUUCUGCGACCUCAGUCAGCUCCGGCCGUCCCCUCCCUCACCGGGGAGGGAGCCGAGACUCUCCCCGGCCAGGAGCGGAUCCGCGCUGAGGUCCAGUUUCGGCAGGGCGGAGUCGACCGACCACACCCGCAUCCACGUGCGAUCCUUCGACAACUCCGCCGUCAUCAGCCGCUUCAACAAGGAUGGCGGCGAAUCGUCCAGCUCGGAGUGUCGCGCGUGCGGACGGAAGGCGUACCAGAUGGAGAGCGUGCACGCCGAGGGCGCCGUCUGGCACAAAACCUGCUUCCGCUGCUACCAGUGCAACAAGCAACUCACUGUGGACACGUAUGCCAGUCACGACGGUCGGCUCUACUGCGUGGUGCAUCAGCGGCAGCUGCUGAAGACGCUGGCCGCUGCCGCUGCCGCCCCCGCCUCCGCCGCCACAGCCACCACAGCCGCUGCCGCGACCGUGGACGCCACUGACUCAGGGCCACGAGCCGGCGGCGAGAUGGUCGGAGCCGACGACGAGCGCACCGACGGACCGGCCGGCGCCCACGAGAUCGUCAAAUCCGGGCCCGGCUCGGGCGGCGAAACCUCCGGCCCGACCACCGGAACGUCUCAGCGAGACCGGCGACACGGAACGAAGCGCUCCGAGACGCUCCGACCGCGAGACUUUCUACCCACUGCGCUCGAUCCGUCUCCCUCACCCGGCUGUGAGCCGAUAGCUGGUCCAGAAGUGGUCUUGUGGUCUCGUCAGGCGGACCAGGAGACC